AUGACUCUUUCUAAGCGCAUUCCUAAAUCGUGGAAAAGUUUUCAAAUUGCUGGGAAACAGUGGCUUCGUGGUUUUAUGUUACUCGGAGAAUAUUUCACCAAUCUAAAAGAUGUUUGUCUACGAUACAAGUUUCAGCCACAAAACAUAUAUAAUGUUGAUAAGACAGGUCUCACAACUGUUCAAAAACCAGUUAAAUUAAUUGCUAAAAAAUGGGAUAAACAAGUUGGAAGGAUAACUUCAGCAAAAAGAGGGACAUUGGUAACAGUUUGUUGUGCAGUUAAUGCAAUAGGAAACUCAAUCCCUUCAUAUUUUAUUAUUCCAAGAGUUCAUUUCAAAAGAAGUAUGACAAAUGGUGGUCCACCUGGAUGUGUUGGGGUUGCAAACCCAUCUGGUUGGAUAAAUGUUGCAACGUUUUUAGAGUGGAUGAAACAUUUUAUUCAAAAUGUGAAAUGUUCACCAGCUAAUCCAGUGCUUUCACUUCUUGACAACCACGAGAGCCAUAUUUUAAUUGUGUGUUUAGAUUUAGCUAAAAAAAAUGGCAUAACUAUGCUGUCCUUUUCAUUACAUUGUAGUCACAAGUUGCAGCCAUUAGAUCUGUCAGUUUAUGGGGCACUGAAACGUUAUUACAAUGCAGCCUGUGAUGAUUGGAUUGUAUCUAAUCCAAGACCAAUGACCAUAUAUGAUAUAGCUUCAGUUGUAAGGAAAGCCUUUGCACAAGCUUUUAUUUUGUCUAACAUUUCUGCAGGAUUUGCUAUGGCAGGAAUUGAACCCUUUAAUCCUAUCAUAUUUUCUGAUAAUGAGUUUUUGUCUUCAUAUGUAACAGACCUUCCAGAACCUAUUACUGCUAACCCAUUUCCAGAUGUUAUUGAUCCAGUUUCUGCUAUUGUUCAUGCCCCAGCUUUUGAUCAAUCAUUGAUUUCAAGUCUGUCAUCUGGUUCAGCUUGUAGUGUAUUGCCUAUUCAGUCUAUAUCUGACUCUGGAAGUCAACUAUUCAGUGUUUCUAAUAAUAUCUCUCAUCAAGCAAGUCUAAAAAAAAUUAGGCCUUUUCCAAAAGCUGCAUCAAGGAAAUCCAUUAAAGGAUGUAAACGUCAGCGUACUCGAAUACUCACAGACAAUCCGAUUAUUUAA